AUGCUCCGACAAUCUCUAGCUCGUUCGGCUUGGCGGACGAGCCGGCGGGCAGCCAAUGUCUCGCGGGCAUUCGCGACGACGAUCCAGCGACCGGCCGAGGUGGAGUUGACAAUUGAUGGAAAGAAGGUGUCGAUUGAAGCCGGCUCAGCCCUCAUCCAGGCCUGCGAGAAGGCGGGAUCAACAGUCCCGAGAUACUGCUACCAUGAGAAGCUCAUGAUUGCCGGUAACUGCCGAAUGUGCCUGGUCGAAGUCGAGAAGGCCCCGAAGCCUGUGGCCUCGUGUGCCUGGCCCGUCCAACCCGGAAUGGUCGUCAAGACCAACUCUCCCCUCACUCACAAGGCUCGAGAGGGCGUGAUGGAGUUUCUCCUCGCGAACCACCCCCUCGAUUGCCCCAUCUGUGACCAGGGAGGUGAGUGUGAUCUUCAGGACCAGUCCAUGCGCUAUGGCGCCGACCGAGGCCGAUUCCACGAAGUUGGCGGCAAGCGUGCCGUCGAGGACAAGAACAUUGGCCCCCUCAUCAAGACGUCGAUGAACCGAUGCAUUCACUGCACCCGAUGUAUUCGAUUUGCCAACGAUAUCGCCGGAGCACCGGAGCUCGGCUCCACCGGCCGUGGAAACGACAUCCAGAUUGGUACCUACCUCGAGCAGAACCUCGACUCGGAGAUGUCUGGUAACGUUAUCGACCUUUGCCCCGUCGGUGCCCUGACCUCCAAGCCCUACGCGUUCCGAGCCCGCCCCUGGGAGCUGAAGCACACUGAGUCAAUUGACGUCCUCGACGGUCUCGGCUCCAACAUCCGUGUCGACUCUCGAGGUCUUGAGGUUAUGCGUAUCCUACCCCGCCUCAACGACGAUGUCAAUGAGGAGUGGAUCAACGACAAGUCCCGAUUCGCCUGUGACGGUCUGAAGACUCAACGAUUGACCAUGCCCCUGGUUCGCCGGGAGGGUCGAUUUGAGGCUGCUGACUGGGAGGAGGCUCUGGGUGAGAUCUCUCGUGCCUGGCAGGUGAAGAACCCCCAGGGCAACGAGUUCAAGAUCAUUUCCGGUGCCCUGACCGAUAUUGAGUCUCUGGUUGUCGCGAAGGAUAUGGCCAACAAGCUCGGAUCCGAGAACCUGGCCCUGGACACCCCCACUGGUAGCCAGCCUAUUGCUCACGGUAUCGACGUUCGAUCUAACUACCUCUUCAACUCUACCAUCUGGGGUAUUGAGGAGGCCGACGCUAUCCUGAUUGUUGGUAGCAACACCCGACACGAGGCUGCUGUCCUCAACGCCCGUAUCCGAAAGCACUGGCUCCGAUCCGACCUCGAGAUUGGCGUUGUUGGCGAGACCUGGGACUCCACCUUUGAGUUCGAGCAUUUCGGUGCUGACCACGCCUCCCUCAAGAAGGCUCUGGCUGGUCCCUUCGGCAAGAAGCUCGAGGCCGCUAAGCGCCCCAUGAUUAUUGUUGGUUCCGGUGUCACGGACCACGCUGAUGCCAAGGCAUUUUACGAGACUGUUGGUGCCUUCGUCGAGAAGAACGCUGCCAACUUCCGAACUCAAGAGUGGGAUGGUUAUAACGUUCUCCAGCGUGAGGCCUCGCGUGCCGGUGCUUUCGAGGUCGGUUUCACCACCCCCUCAGCCGAGGUUGCCGAGACCAAGCCCAAGUUCGUCUGGCUCCUUGGUGCCGAUGAGGUUAACGAAGCCGACAUUCCCAAGGAUGCCUUCGUCAUCUACCAGGGCCACCACGGUGACAAGGGCGCCCAGAUCGCCGACAUUAUCCUCCCCGGCGCUGCCUACACCGAGAAGGCCGGUACCUACAUCAACACUGAGGGCCGAGUGCAGAUGACCCGUGCUGCUACCUCCCUGCCCGGUGCUGCCCGAACUGACUGGAAGAUCCUCCGCGCUGUCAGUGAGUUCUUGGGCGCUCCUCUGCCUUAUGACGAUGUCGCCAUGGUUCGGGACCGCAUGGUUGAGAUCAGCCCUGCCCUGGCCGCCUACGAUGUUAUCGAGCCUGUUGCUCUUCCCGAGCUCAGCAAGGUGCAGCUUGUGGAUCAGAACAAGGGCGCCAAGGUCAGCGGCGAGCCCUUGAAAAAGGUUAUCGAGAACUUCUAUUUUACAGACGUUAUAUCGAGGAGCUCACCGACCAUGGCACGCUGCUCGGCCGCCAAGGCUACUGGCGACCCCCGAACGAACUUUAUGGCCCCCGGUAUGGAGGAGGAUAGGCCCAUGGGCCAAGUCGAGUACGGGGCGUGA